CACUAUUUCACGAUUUUACAUGUCCGUUAACAGGUUCAAACUUUUUGAUCCCUUCUUUUUUCAACAAGUCGGAAUUUCAUAGUUAACUGUGAGACAUAAGUGCCACGUCAUCAACGUCGUACUAGUCGCCGACUUGUUUGUGGUGACAUUAAACUGGGUGAAAGCAACAGAUUUCCUUGGAAAAAUUGAGGCUAGUCUACGACAAAAAUUCCAAGUUGAAGUGGCUGAAAGGUUUCGUCGUUUGUCAUGAAGUUCUGCAUUCAGGAUAUAAUGGAAGUGUGAUGCUACUGAAUUCCGUUUGCUGCUAAACAUCGUCUCCGAUCAGUUGGACCCGUCUUGCGUGUUCGCUGGACAUUGCCCGUCACCGCCAGCGAAUUCAGUGAAGCAACGAAAAGAGAAAUCCGUUUUGAUCGAUGAUGGAUCAUCAUGGAACAGCUAGACGGCCGAAGAUGAUCCUGGUGCUGGUGACAACGGCCCACCUCUUUGUGGUUUCACUCGCCACGGUCGAGUCUGCGUCGGCGGCCCUGCUGCCUAUUCCAGCAGAAGUUUCUUCGCGGGCGACAGACAAGAUGCUGGUCAAUACCAUCGACACCUCAGAAGAUGAAUCGUCCAAGGUGGAAAAGGUGUGGGUGCUGAGCGGAAGGACAGCCGAACUGCCGUGUGACAUUUCACCGCCGCCACUCGAUUCGCUUUACCUCGUCCUGUGGUACAAAAACGAUUCGGAUUUCCCCAUUUACAAAUACGAUGCCCGUCGUUCGAGGGAGAGUUACCGCCAACAACAGACGCAGCACGACAGUCAAAUGCUUCUGCUACAACAACAGCAAGAACAAGGCCAAUACACGCCGACCUCAACAGCGACGCGAGUCCAUUUCCAAUUCGAUAGUCAUCCGGUGGCUCUUUUAUUAUUGAACAACGCGGCCGAUCAGGACGAGGGCGUCUAUCGAUGUCGGGUCGAUUUCGGACGGUCGCCCACUCGCAACGUCCUCGUUCAGCUCACCGUCGUAGUUCCACCUGGGAAGAUUCGAAUCAUCGAGGACAAUCGUCAAGUCUCGUCGGUCAUUGGCCCUUACGACGAAGGGGCGCAACUUUCGCUCAAUUGCAUCGUCACUGGAGGUCGACCCCGUCCAGAAGUGAGUUGGUGGUUGGACAACAAAUUAGUGGACCAAACGUUCAUCGGCACAUCGGAGAAUGUGGUGCAAAAUGUUCUGGUCAUCCCACAACUUCAACGUCACCACCUGCACGCCAUUUUACGUUGCCAGGCGUCCAACUAUUUUGGUGUGCGCAAAAAGACGUCAACGCCUCAUCUUGGCCUCAAUUCCUAUGGACAUCACAAUCGACAGCAACAAAACACCAUCGUCUCCAGUGUUCAACUUGAUCUCAAUCUGAAGCCGUUGUGGGUGACAAUCAGCGGAACAGAGAAGCCGCUGUCUGCCGGCAAAUGUUACACGAUUGAAUGUUCCACCGGGGGAUCACGUCCAUCGGCCAGUAUCCAUUGGUACUUGCACUCGAUCCAACAGCAACCCACCAGAGAACGGAUCACGAUGGACGGACGCAACACGACGAGCACGUUGAAACUGACCCCCACGGCCAAGGAUCACGAUGCCGAAUUGAUCUGUUCGGCCGUCAAUCCCGUGAUGAUUUCGACGGCUAGUCACAACAGCAGCGAUGGCCAUAAUUUGAGCGACAGGACCUUGUCGUCGUCCAUCGAGACCCGUCGCAAACUUGUCGUCCAUUUUGCUCCAACGGCGGAAUUGGAACUGGGUCGCAAUUUGAAACCGGACUCGAUCGUCGAAGGCAACGACGUCUACUUCGAGUGUCGCAUCCGAUCCAACCCGCCGCCGCACAGCAUCAUUUGGACUCACGAGGGCCAGAACGUGCGGGAAAAUGUGACAGCUGGAGUCCUUGUCGUGGAGCAAAGUUUGGUCAUUCGGCGAGUUUCUCGUUUCCAUUCCGGCCGCUAUUCCUGUACGGCCAUCAAUACGGAGGGGACUGGACUCAGUAACACUGUCCAGUUACGCGUCAUGUUCCAGCCGGUCUGCCGUCCUGGCCAGAAAAUCAUGUACGGAGUGGCCAAACAAGAGACGGCCGUCGUCCGCUGUCAAACGGACGCCAUUCCGCCGGCCCGUUCGCAUAGGUGGGCGUUUAAUGCGUCAGUAUCUUCAGAGAUGACUGAACUGACCGUCAAUCGAACCCAAAUUCUUCAUCAGUCAGGCAGCAGCCAUCUUGAGGAAGGGACAGAGGCACAGGAUAGCGUAUUCUCUUAUACGCCGCAAUCGGAUCGUGACUACGGGAAUCUGCUCUGCUGGGCUCGUAACGACAUUGGCGAACAACGGGAGCCUUGCGUCUAUCGCAUUUUCCUCGGUGUCCGUCCCGAUCCGCCCGUCAAUUGUUCAGUGGUCAACCAAACAGCCGACGCGGUAGAAGUUUGGUGCCGGCCGGGGUUCGACGGCGGCCAUCCACAGCAGUUCCAGUUCGAGAUCUUUGACACGCAGUCGGCCGUUUUGCUGUACAACAAAUCGGGCAGGUAUCCGCACCUGCGCGUCGGCAAUCUCGAGUCGGGCGUGAAACUCUUCAUCCAAGUCUCGGCCUUCAACCAGCGCGGGAGAUCCGCUCUCGUCCCUCUAGAGGCCUACACCAUCAAAAUCGCCGACAAACAAACAGUUAUCAUGGAAACGACGGACUUGAAUUCGGUGUUGGGCAUCGCCAGUGGAGUCUCUGCCUCCGUCGUAAUUAUAUGCGUCGUCAUUGCUUUAACAGCAAGGUUUCGUCGUCAACAACGUACGCAAAGUAGUUCGACCCAACAUUAUUCUCACAGCAUUAAAAAUUCAGAUGAUAAGCAGAGAAAACAAGACAAUUAUUCGUGCGACUUGGAUGUUGAUCCAGACAUCAUCAUCAACAGUCAACUUGUAAAUGACCUGCAGCACGUGAAUCACAAUGCCUCCGUUCAAAGGAGUCAUAGAAGUAACAAUGCACCAACCAUCCAACCGCAACAGUUAUCGAUGGCCGUCGAUCCUACACGUCCUUUCAUUAGUGCUGGACACUCACAUCCUGCUCAUUAUAACCCGACAACUGCCAGUGGUGCCAUGAAUAACAUUGAAGUCGUGGCUGUAAAAUCGCCUCAUCGUCACAAGCAAGAUCCUGAAACGUCUAUUUAAUGUCAAAUGGAAACGAAUGCAGCACAUUCGACACAAAACCCGACCAAAUGUCUCUCCAAUUGUUUAUAUACUUCCCGCCAGAUGCUGUCAAUCUGUGAUGAAGAAAACCUCUGGCUCUUGAUCUACGUCCUGAAAGAAGGUCUCUCACGUUCAACCUUAUAUGUGCAUCGCAGUUGAUGUAAGUCACAGCCAAUAGUGAUCUUUGUGCUACUUUGAACAAAGGGGUUUUAAGGAUAAAUGUCUUUGUAAUUCGGAAAAAUAAAGAAUAAGUAACCGAAUGAA